AUAUGAAUUAUUGACCGGUGGGUAAGUAUAAAGCGUAUCAUAUAUAUAUAACUACAAAUUUGGAUUCUGCUUCAUUCACACUCUAUGGAUUCCAACGCAGAAACACCUCUUCUUACCUCUAAACACAUCACAACCAAUGCUCAUUUCACCGGUGAUGCUCAAGAUAUCCCUCCGAUAAAUGGAAUAAGCGAUUUCUUCGUCGAAUUCGGAGUUGAAUCGAAGAAGCUAUGGUACCUUGCAGGCCCCGCAAUUUUCACUACUGUUUGUCAAUACUCACUCGGAGCCAUCACUCAGACGUUCGCUGGUCAUGUUGGAACUCUUGAUCUCGCAGCGGUUUCGAUUGAAAACUCGGUUAUUGCCGGGUUUUCGUUGGGGAUUAUGGUCGGAAUGGGUAGCGCGUUGGAGACGCUAUGCGGGCAAGCAUACGGAGCCGGGCAAUUAGACAUGUUAGGAAUCUAUAUGCAAAGGUCAUGGAUCAUCUUAUUCGUCACAGGUCUAAUCAUGAUGUUCCUCUACAUAUUCGCAACCCCGUUACUCCUCUUAAUAGGACAAACCGAAGCCAUAUCACACGCGGCCGGUAAGAUGGCGUUGUGGAUGAUUCCACAGCUGUUCGCGUACGCCGCGAACUACCCGAUCGCUAAGUUUCUACAGGCGCAGAGUAAGAUCAUGGUCAUGUCUUACAUAUCCGGUGUAGCAUUGGUUAUUCAUACCGUGUUUAGCUGGCUGUUUAUGUUGAAGUUGGGCUGGGGGUUGUGGGGUGGAGCCCUUGUGCUUAAUUUUUCUUGGUGGUUCAUGGUGGUGGCUCAGAUGGUUUAUAUUAUGAGUGGGACAUGUGGUCAGGCUUGGUCUGGGUUCAGUUGGGCGGCUUUUAGCAAUUUGUGGGGAUUCGUUAAACUUUCGUUUGCAUCUGCUAUAAUGCUUUGCUUGGAGACAUGGUAUUUUAUGGCGUUGGUACUUUUUGCCGGAUAUCUAAAGAAUGCUGAAAUUGCAGUCGAUGCACUCUCCAUAUGCACAAACAUUCUUGGGUGGGCAGUUAUGGUAGCAAUCGGAUUCAAUGCAGCUGUCAGUGUAAGGGUGUCCAAUGAACUAGGAGCAGCCCAUCCAAGAACCGCGAAAUUCUCUGUGGUGGUGGUGGUGAUCUUCUCAUUUAUCGUCGGUGUUCUAUUGGCCAUCCUUCUGACCAUUUUCCGGCAUCAAUAUCCAGCCAUAUUUGCCAACAAUUUAGAAGUUCAACAAGCAGUUUACGCUCUUACUCCAUUGCUAGCAGUCUGCCUCAUCAUUAACAAUAUUCAACCCGCACUUUCUGGGGUGGCAAUCGGGGCGGGAUGGCAAGCUGCGAUUGCUUAUAUAAAUAUUGCAUGCUACUACAUUUUUGGUGUUCCUUUGGGACUAAGUUUGGGAUUUGCACUAAAUUGGGGUGUGAAGGGUAUAUGGAUGGGCAUGUUAACAGGAACAGUGGUGCAAACCAUUAUCUUGAUUUGGAUUUGUGUUAGAACCAACUGGGAGAAAGAGGCAUCUAUGGCUGAAGAGAGAAUUAGAAAAUGGUCAGGUCAAAAGAGGAUUGUGGAAGAGCAAUAAAGGGUUAUUGUAACCUAAUUGAGUUAUUAUAUUUGAUGUUAUUGGUUGAUGGGUUGUCUUAUUUUUGCUGAAAUUGCAUUUUAAGAGGGGUUAACCUUUGCUUGGGAUUCAAAAAUGUAUUCAAGUUUUAUGUAGCAUUCAUCGUAAUCCAAGAAAGAAAAUUCAUCAAGGAAAA